AAGGCCAAACAAUAUACAGAAAACCUCACCGCAAAGUUACACGAAAUCGAAAUUCUACCUUUUCAUGGGUUAGCUUAAUCGGGCUCUGAACAACUCGGCCCAGGAGCUACGCUUUUAGGCUGGCCUAAAUCUAUAUAUUAGACUUUAUUUAUACUGCUAAAAGGAAAACCGGUCAGUCAAUCAACGAAGGUUGAUUAACUGGUAUUACUCGGUGACCAGAAAACAUACUUUUUGAUGCGUUUUCGCCUAUCCCCACUAAAACGACAAACGCGGAUGAACACAGAGGCUUUGGUGUGGACGAUUGGCGAAAACGAAUAAAAAAGUGUGCGUUUUCAUACGAAAACGCAUUAGUGUGGUCAGGUGAAAACAAACCUAAAACGCUAUUGUGGGCGAAAAUAUUUUGCUUCGUUUUCGUUGAGACGAAAACGGAUACUUUUAAAAACGCAUUAGAGUGGUCGGGGCCUUGAAUGCAGGAAACACGGUUCUUAUGUAAAAAUGUACUCAAGUGUUUACAUCCUGUAUAUGUAAGAACGUGUGAUUUUAUUUUUCUUCAAUAUCGUAGUUUGCAUGUUUUGUUUUUCUUUCCGCAGUUUAUAAGGAGGAAUCGACCAAAAACUAUUUCCUACGAAGAAGCUCUGGAGCAAGUGAAACAAGAACAGAGAUAACAAAUGAGCAAAGAAAGUUAUUUACAUUGCAGUGAAACAGCUCUUAAGAAGAGAUUCCUUUCGUUAUGGCCACAAGAAGAUUGUUUCUAAAGAACAGGAUGUUGCAGAAUGGGCUUGAAAAGAGAAGAUGAAUUUGAAACAGACUGUUUCGUAGAAACGGAGAGGAAAAGAGAGAGGGUUGCUAAAACUGUCUUGUUUAUGAAAAGCGUGAAUUUUGAGGGUGAAUUUUCAUUGUCAUUAUUAAUUUUCAUCACGUUAUGUCUACGUAUUCUACUGCAGAAUACAAAUUGACAUUGGGAAGAGGAAACAUUUUUGGUUUUCGUCACGUUUGUUGAACUAUUUUCGAUAGUGUUUUUAAUAUGGAAAGACUUGUUCAUCUCUUGAGUGAACCAGAUUCUGAAGAGGCCUCACUGCGAAAAGGCUGUGUUCAAAAAUGACAUUAAAAUGUGUUCUUAAAUGACAUUUUCUCAUCCAAUUCCAUUCAUUUUAUUUUAGCUUGCUGUUUUUGUCAAACAAUAAGUGUUUACUCAAUGGAGUACGUUCGCGAUAUUGUAAUUUGACAUUUAGUUUGACACGGCGAUGUUUUGCGAUUUUCGAUUUUCUAAUUUCAGUCCUACAAACCAAAGGAAAGCGAGUUGAUUUAAUAACAAAACUGAUUUUGUUUUGCUUUAAAGGAUCAAAGAUGGACUGACAUAGGUUUCAAUGAAAGGACAGUUCAAAAUUCAUAAAGAAAUAACCUCAGUUGCGGCAUUUUAAUAGAUUAAAGAGUUUCCGUUUGUUGAAAUAUGUUUGCAUUUACUCUGUUUUCACGAGAACUAAUUAUUGCAUCUUUUAUCGAUGUUAUGAAAAUUUCCAGCACUUAUUAAUCAACGAGUUUUUUUUCCUGAACUUUGGAAAGUUUAGCUUUGCUUUUGAGUGGUCACAAAGCGAAUUUUCAAAGGCAGGAUUCUUGAUGUAGAGGCUGGGCGUUAGCUCUAAAUUGUGGAUAUAUUUUACAAUUCAACAUUCAAAGUUUUUCUGUAUUGAAAAAUUGUUGAUAAUACUCAACACAAACACUGUCUAUAUUUCACAUUAGUGAUAAUUUUGUUUUGCAUAUUCACAAGACUUCUUUGUUUCUCAGGACAUAAUGAACUUUUGUCUCUAUUUAAAGAAAUAAAUCCCCUCUAAACAAACGAAAUAAAAGGAUUAUGGAGGAGUAUUGAUGGCACAUUUUUAAAUAAUGAUAAUGGAGGUGUGAAUCUACAUUUGCACGUUGCUUAAAGUAAUUAUUUGCCAAGGUCGCUAUAACGACUACUGAAAACAAACUCUGGCGACCUCUGAAAGAUCAGAAUUUAAAUUCAAACUACGGGAGGGCAUCUACUGUCGACGUUUGCUUAUCAAAACAAAAUUGAGACAGCCUUUGUCUUGCAUUUUGUUGGGUUUAUUGAUCUGAUAUCGACGAAAUUACACAGAUAAGAAGCAAAAAUGAGCACAGAGAUAAUCAAAUCGGACGUGGAGACGCCGAAGGAUAGUAAAGUGGACAAGGCAGCGAAGAAUUUAAAACCAACCAAAGGAAAAGAGCUCAAUCCUGGCGGAGCAAACAGAACCCGACCACCUAGCACCGCUUCCAUAACACAGUCAAUGGCGACAUCAUUUUCUAGACAAGAUGGACGACGAGGACCCGAGGUAGCGAUGGAAAACACUUUCAAAAUGACACCCGAUAGAAAGUUCCCAGAAGGCGACGUCCGUUCGAUACUGAAGGAAAUUUUAACGGAGAGAUUAACGGCAGCCAAAUACGACGCCGACCAGUGCAGACAGCUAUCAAAGUCGAUAUCGGACACAGUGAAAAACCGAGUGAAGGAUUUGAACAUUCAUCGCUACAAAAUCAUUUGUCUGGUGCAUAUUGGUCAGCUGGGGAAUCAAGCGAUGCGAAUUGGAAGCAGAUGUCUCUGGGAUACGAGCCAUGACACUUUCGCUUCGUUCGAGUUCAAAAACUCAUCUCUGUUUGCUUCAGCAACUGUGUACGGAGUUUAUUUUGAAUAACAUACUGUGAUCUGUUUCACUCUCAAUUAUUGAUUCACACUGAUUCAUUUACAGCUCUAAAUAUAGAAUUCUUCGCUAGUUUCUUGUACAAUCACAAGUUACGACCAUAAAUCUGUAGUGUGUUAAUUAAAUGUACGACCGGUUGAAAUAAUUUAUAUAUUUAAGAUUUGAACGUUAAAAUAGUUGCGUCGAAAGCGUACUUACUAAAUUUUUAAUAUAUAAUUAGUGAAUUGUUUGUUUGAUUAGAAAUAAAACAAUUCAAAUGA